GGAUUCCCACGCCUCCUAUCUUCCCUCUUGCCAUCACUGCCGCUGCCGCUGUAGGCGUCGUAUUGCCUCUUACUGUCUCUGUGCCCUCGUUUCACCUUCCAUGUCAAGCGGUACUUGAGCAUAUGUGCGGUUUCUGCUAUCAUAGGCCAGCAAAAGCGCGCUGCCUUCAUCACUGGGAAUGGACGGAAUGGUAUGUCGCCCAAUGCCCAUUCUGUUUCUGUCGGUCGCCACUUUCUCAGUUUGGGCGCAUAUAUGGAGGGAUAUGAAGCAAGUAGCACACGAAACACUGCUGGUGCGUCCUAGUACAGACGUGUUCCAUUCCAAAUGUCCCUCCCUUGGACUUGCCGCCGUCGCUACACGACUCAAACACGACUUUGGUACCCGCUCCUUGCGCCCGGCGGCUCCCUGCCUUAGCUUCAAUGCUCCAGGACGCACACAGUUGCGCUCAUCACGAGCUGCAUAAACCCUUUCCUACUCGCAUUCUAAGCAUGGUAUGCCUCUGUUCAGUCUCUUUUUC